AUGUACGCCCACGAGCUCCUUGAGCAUGCCAGUAUGCUUAACUGCAAGCCGGCGCCCACCCCCGUCGACACGAAGGCGAAUGUCUCUGCUCUGGAGGGGUCUCUCGCGUCCGAUGGAGCGUUUUAUCGCUCUAUCGUCGGUGCUUUACAGUACUUGACGCUAACUCGCCACGACCUGCAGUACGCUGUUCAGCAGGUGUGCCUCCAUAUGCACGCCCCGCGUGACUAUCACUGGACUUCGGUGAAGUGUAUUCUCCGUUACAUACGCAGCACCAUGUCCUUGGGACUCACCCUGACGGCCUCUGCAUUCACCGACCUCGUGGCCUACUCGGAUGCUGACUGGGCUGGCUGCCCCGACACGCGACGCUCUACGCUAGGCUACUGUGUCUACCUUGGGCCCUCGUUCAUCUCUUGGUCAUCGAAGCGGCAGCCCACGGUCUCCCGCUCCAGCGCCGAGGCAGAGUAUCGCGCCGUGGCCGAGUGCUCUUGGAUACAUCAGCUGCUUCAGGAGUUGCCUUGUGAUGUUCACAAGGCCACUCUUGUCUACUGCGAUAACGUCGGCGCGGUCUACCUCUCCGCCAACCCGGUGCACGGGUUGACGACUAGUGGAUCCAAUUUCACAGCCCAGAAGGUCAAAGACUGGUGCGCUAAGAUGGGCAUCAAGCUCAACUACGCCUCGGUGUAUCACCCAUAG